AUGAGCUCGGCCGAGGUGGACGAACACGUGUCCCAGCGCUACCUCAUCAAGCGGCGGCUCGGCAAGGGGGCCUAUGGCAUCGUUUGGAAAGCUGUAGAUCAGAGGACAGGAGAAAUUGUGGCCAUCAAGAAGAUCUUUGAUGCCUUCAGAAACAAGACAGAUGCACAGAGAACAUUCAGAGAAAUCAUGUUUCUCCAGGAGUUUGAGAAUCAUCCCAACAUCAUCCGGCUUCUGAAUGUCAUCAGGGCAGAAAAUGACAGGGACAUUUACCUAGUAUUUGAAUCCAUGGACACAGACCUGCAUUCUGUCAUCCGGAAAGGGAACCUGCUGAAGGAUAUUCAUAAGUGUUACAUCCUUUACCAGCUCCUACGUGCAACCAAAUUCAUUCACUCAGGGAACGUCAUCCACAGAGACCAAAAGCCCUCCAAUGUUCUUCUGGAUGCCGACUGUUGUGUAAAACUGUGUGACUUUGGACUUGCACGUUCCCUGAGUCAACUUCAUGAGGAACCAGGGAACCCAGCUCUGACAGAGUAUGUGGCCACACGCUGGUACCGAGCCCCGGAAAUCCUGUUGUCUUCACACCGGUACACACAGGGUGUGGACAUGUGGAGCUUGGGCUGUAUCCUGGGUGAGAUGCUGCUAGGGAGACCUUUGUUCCCAGGAACUUCUACCCUCAACCAGCUUGAGCUAAUCCUGGCAGCCAUCCCAGCCCCAAGCAAAGAAGACCUCCUGGCCAUUGGCUCAGAUUUCAGUGCUUCUGUCCUCCACCGCAUGGGCCCCCGGCAGCUACUGACCCUGGACUCCCGCCUCCCACCAACCACUCCUCCUGAAGCCCUGGACCUGUUGCAACGACUCCUGGUGUUUGACCCUGAGAAGCGGCUGACAGCGGAUGAGGCUCUGAGGCACCCUUACGUGAGGAGAUUCCACUGUCCAGCCAAGGAACCAGCCCUGGAGUAUGAAGUGAUCCUGCCCGUGGAUGAUGGUGUGCAACUCUCUGUGGUGGAGUAUCGCAACCGGCUAUACAAGGUGAUCCUAGAGCGAAGGGAAAACAAUCAACUUCAAAGACUGCAGAUUCGGAAAGAAGCCCUGGGGGACCUUCCCAGAUCAAGCUCUGUGCCCCUACCCUCCCAGAAGGAUCCCCUCCUGCAAAACUCCACCUCUGAGUCAGCCCAGGCCCCAGGGGAACCUCGAACCUCUGCCCUAAGGGAAUGUCGUUCACAAAUCCCAGGUUCCAGGCCACAGAGUGAACCCUCUCCUUGCCAUGACACCUCUGGUCCCCGGCAGGGGUCAGCACCCUCCAUCUGCCUACAAUAUCGAGGUUUCUCGGGAAAGAGGGGACAGUCAUUUUGGGGUGAUGCUCGCACUCUCACUGGCCCCCCUGGGGAGAAGCCCGGCCUCAGGUGGGCUGUGCCCGCCCCCUCCCUCACUGCCCAGGCGGCAGCUGCAGUGACCAACCAGGCCCUAAUGCGGAAGAACAGCUCCCUGAUGGGUGUGAUGACUUCCACAGGCACCAAGCUGAUCCCUCGCCUGCCUGCUGGCCCCGCUCAGGACGCUCGGGCUCUCCUGCGACCUGCAAGGAGAAUGUUCCAGUCCUCUGCCUCCCAGGGGAGUAUGGGGGCAGCUAAGGCCUCCCUGGGAGGCUAUUCCCAGGCCUAUGGAACCAUUUGCAGGUCAGCCCUGUAUGGUCUGCCCCUCUCUUACUCCUCCCUCCAUCCCCUCCCUCAUGUACCUCCAUCCUGA